GGGCGGCAACGCAAUGGCGUUAGUAUGCAAAGUGCCAAGCGCUUGUGCCGCACAGCAAUCGGCUCCUCCGUCGGCGGUUCCAGAGCCUUAGAUGCACACAAGUCGUUUUCGCCGAAUAAAUUUAUAAUCCAGCACAUUCCUGCCGUUUCCAUCAGCACUUAAUUGCUCUCACGGGGAUUAAAAAUCGUUUACAUUAACGUCUCCCUUCCACAAAUUAUGCGUUGCGUUGCUCCCACUCCGAUCAAAUUCUUCUUCUUUGCCUCCGCUCCCUCUUGCUUCCCGACCAAGUCUCGAGCUUCAAUUCCUUCCUUUCCUAGCCCAAAAGCAAAGGAUUCUAACUCCAACGCAGCGCGAGCCGAUCGAGUCACCCAACAAACCCAGCCGCAGCCUCUCUCUCUCCGUAAUCCUCGAAACGAACAAAGGCCCGAGCUCGCAAUGGCGGACACGGCGGCUCCAGCGCAAGCCCGAUUCUGCGGCAUCGACGUUCCCGCGAGAUUGCAGCAGGCUCUCGCGCUCCUGUUCCCUUCCAACCUCGCCGCGAAGGCGGUGCUCUUCGCCGUCGUGUUGGCGCUGCUGCCGACGGGCGAGGCGGCCCCCAGGAUAUGGGAGCUGCCCCACAUCCUCCUGCUCGGCCUCGUCAUCUCCUACGGCGUCUUCGGCCAGAGGAACGCCGACGACGCCGAUGCCGACAUCCCCGCGGCCAAGAUCGUGGAAGACGAAGACGACCACGAGGACGAGUCGCUCGAGUCCUACGUCUCCCAGCUGAUGCAGGGCCCGCUGGUCUUCGAGCCGAACGGCGGCGACGGAGAAAGCAGCAGCAAUGGCGCCGCCGCCAAGGACGGCGUUGACCAAGCGUGGAGCUCGCAGUACUACCCCGACGACCCCCUGGUCGUCGUGGCCGACAAGCGCGACGGGACCGACAAGCCGCUUCUGCUGCCGGUGAGGAAGCUGAAGCCGGCGGCGGCCGAAGAACCAUCCGCAACGGGAGGUAAUCUAAGCGACGACGGCAUUGAUGAUGAAACAGAGUUCCUUGUCCCCAAGGAAGAAGGAUAUUUGCGCGCGCGUGAGCGUGCCAUGCCUUCGCCGUCCUCCGUCCUUGACGCGGGCAUGACACUCUCGCCAAGCUCGCCUCCGCCGCCGCCGCCUCCGGCAAAGUUUAUUGCCGGUGGACGAGGAGGACUUGGGAAGGCCAAAGCGAGAAGCUUCAACGAGUAUGGAGCCGGAGACCUGAGCAUGAGUUGGAGAGCGGGCUCACGAAGCGGCAACGGCGGCGGCGGCGGCGACAAGUACAGGUUCCGGUCAAACUCUGCGAGCCAAGCAACGAGGAGGAGCGCUUUCGCCGCUUACGAUUACGAUCCUGUGGCUCCAUUCGAAGAUCAAGUUCCCGCGGAUGAUGAUGAGUUGGAUGAGGUGGCCGCGGCGUCAGACAGCUCGUUCGGCAGCGACGGCAUGGCCACCGACGGCGACGAUGGACUCGACAAAGAGGAAGACAAUUACGAAGAAGAGGAAGUGGAGGCCAGCUCUUGCGACGAAGAGCUGUUCGAUUUGGCGACGAGGCCGGGGCCGGAGGAGGAGGAGGACGAGGUGGACAGGAAGGCUGACGAGUUCAUAGCCAAGUUCAGGGAGCAGAUUAGGAUGCAGCGUGCUGAGCAGGGCAGGAGCUGAGAUCGAGUUCCUGUGUCCGAUCGACGGACGUGUUAGGAUUUCCUCGUGUGUAUUUUUCAUGUUUGUUCUCCUUUUGAUUGUUCUGAUGUAAAUGACCAAAUGGUGCGAACGAGGGUAAAACCGAGGAUGUGCACGGCACAUUUGGGAGUUGCCACGGCGCAUUAAACCUUAAA